AUGGAUUCAGCCAGGGACUUCCUCUCACAAUCCACUGGGUGCACUGAAAAGGUUCGCCGAAACCUCUUUGGACCUGUGGAUCACGAGCUUCUCAGAGCAGACUUUGAAGCAGUACUGAAAAGCACCGCAGAGCAGGCCAGGCAAAGGUGGAACUUUGACUUUGUCACCGAGACCCCUCUAGAGGGAAACUACAAAUGGGAGAAAGUGGAUUGUGCACAUUUUCUGCAUCCUACUGAAGCCAAUGAAUCAGAUUCAUCAAAAGAAAACAAAAGCUCAUUACAGAUUUCUUUCAAGUGAAGCGUCACUGUUCUCCAGUUCCUUCUCUGAAACAGUCAUGCGCCUGA